UGCUAAAAGUAACUAGUUAUUUUAUUUUUUUAGGAUCGAACUACCAUAUGUUUAAGUAUUCAUGUUUACAGGAAUAUUUAUGAAUAAUUCUAGAAAAUUUAAGGAUGUUAGGGAGGCAAUCACUUCUAGCUUCUUUGUCACUGCUUGCCAUUUUCCUCUUAGUAUUCUUAAUCAUGUUUAGCACAAACUCAAAUUCUCCGCUUAGAACCCCAAAUGAUGAAAUCGCCAUUAAUAUCGUGCCUGCAGAUUCCCAUGCAAGAUUCAGUCUCCUGAUAGGGAUCUUCACCCGGCCGGAAAAGUACGACCGCCGUCAUUUCCUCCGCCUCAUCUACGGCAUCCAGUCCACCUCUCUCGCCCGCGUCGACGUGAAGUUCAUACUCUGCAACCUCUCCGGCGAGGCCCAGCGGGCGUUCGUAGCCCUAGAAAUCCUGCGCUUUCGCGACAUCGUCAUCCUUAAUUGCACCGAAAACAUGAACAGCGGCAAGACGUACACGUAUUUCUCGUCCCUGCCGGGAAUCCUCCCGUCGCGGUACGACUACGUCAUGAAGGCCGACGAUGACGUGUUCCUCCGGCUGGCGCCGUUGGCGGCGUCUCUGGAGGGACUGCCGCGGCGGGAUUUGUACUACGGUUUCGUGAUUCCUUGUCCGAGCAUGAACCCGUUCGUCCAUUACAUGUCCGGAAUGGGGUUUGUGCUGUCGUGGGAUCUGGUGGAGUGGAUCGGACGGUCCAGAAUUCCGGCGAAUAAUACGUACGGGCCGGAGGAUAAACUGGUGGGGCAAUGGUUGGAUAUGGGGAAGAAGGCGAAGAACCGGUUCAACAAUAAGCCGGCGAUGUAUGAUUAUCCGGGGACUAACGGAAGGUGCUCGCACGAGCUGAUUCCUGAGACGAUUGCGGUUCACCGGCUCAAGAAGUGGGAGCAAUGGGUGCAUGUGUUGAAGUUUUUUAAUGUCACAACAGAGCUUGAACACUCGAAAAUGUACCAUUUCUGAUGCCAUUUUAUAUGAACACAUUAAAGAAUAAUGUAAUUAUGAAUUAAUUAGGCAUUUUCAAUUUACUCAAGCGAGAAUUCCCAAUCUCUCACAAUAUAUGAAUGAACUAGAAUUCUAGCGUAAGUAGCCACACAAGUCCUAUAUACCUUGUCCUCUCUUCGAUCAC